CAGUUGAUCAAAUUUAAAUUUUCUCCCAAUUUACCUUAAUUUGCUCUUGGAAUGAUUGCGAAUUUUCACCUCGAUUUCGGCCAGUGGCGACGCACGAUUGACUAAUUGCCGCUUUUACAAUCACGUGUUGCGAGCCGCACGUAGGUUUGAAAAUUAAUAAAAUGUUCGUAGGUGUUUGUUUCGAUCUUUUGUAUGUGUUGCAAUUUGUGUAUUGCAAUUAGUUAUAUGUAAAUUAGUUCGUGUUCUAAAUUUGCAGUCUGUCAUUAGAAGAGCGGUUUAUAGUGCUUGUGCUCAAAUGAUGUUCGAGUUUUUGUUAAAAAAAUAAGAUGCAGAAGGAGGUGAAACCGAAAUCGGCGUCGAAGAUCGUCAGUAAGAACAAUUUAGUCUUGCUGAGAAAGCGACCACUGGCUAAUGGGAGCGGAUUUCGGUCGUCAAAUUCAACUUUAAGUCUACGUUCGACGAACUCCUUGAGGCAAACCAAUCGUCCCUCGCCGAAAAACACCAAGUCCGCGCCCAACGUAGCGUCACGCGUCGACGUCUACGGAAGAUCAAAAAAACUCCCAUCUUCAAACAAUCAGAAUAAACCCAGAACAAAGCCCAUUCCUCCGUGGCACCAUAACAACAACGAAGUUAAAGUAAACCACGUGCUCAAGCCCGCGAUUACCAUUCUUGGGUCAUCGAAUGUAUCGACGCGCAGGUAAGUUUUUGGACAUUUU